GGAGGCUCUUGGGAACACUUGAUGAGUCUUGCUCCUCCAUUUUUAAUGCCGAGUCCAUUGCAUCACUUUUCAAGACUUCACUUCUCUCUCUAGUCUUCGUCGAUCUGUUUCCUCUCUCUCUCUCGCUCUCUUAUAGAAACUCAUGGCCAGAGCGUGUGGACUCUACAUUGAUUCAGAUCCAGCUGCGAGCGCCUUCUUCCUCAACUCUCUCCGUCCUCAAGACGCCCUUCAACCUCCCAUGGACUCUUCCAUCCCUUUCCACGAGAUGGACUUCUUCUCCAACAACCCUUCCUCUGCCUCUGCCAACGCCGAUUCCUCCACCCCUCCCCAUCCCCUUCCCUUCCAAGUAAACACUGGCCUCAAUCUCUUAACCACUAACAGCGACCAAUCCGUGGCCGAUGAUGCGCUGGCCAUAUAUUCUAAUUUUAAGGAGAAACGAAUCAAGACUGAGCUGAGAAAUCUAGAUGUAACAACUGAGAUUGCUGUUCUUCGGGGUGAGUUAGAGAAGAUAGUGGAAGAGAAUCAUAAGCUGAAAGACAUGAUAAAUGAGACUAACGCCAAUUACAACGCGCUCAAGAUGCGAAUUAUAGAACCUCGCAAGGGAGGUGAGGACGCUGAGAAACCUGCACACCAAGUGCUUGGUGCGAGUCCAGAGGAAAAGAAACAAGCUGAGAAUAGCAGAGGAACCUUGGUGCCGAGGCAAUUUAUAGACCUUGGAUUAGCUUCAAUCGAUGAUGGCGAGGCCAACAGUGAUGAGCACUCGCUUUCUCCGUCCGUAAGGAGAAGCAACGGCAGAUCAAGAUCACCCAUGGAAGUGGAAUGCAGCACCAGGAUUGGGUCCGACGCGAAGGAAUUGAACAAAGAAGCUGAAAUUGAAGAGGAAGCUGAAAGGAUUCAAAAGUAUAGUCCUCCGAAAAACGUUGAUGAUCAAGUGGAAGCCACUAUGAGGAGGGCAAGAGUUUCAGUUAGAGCUCGAUCAGAAGCCCCUAUGAUCACUGAUGGAUGUCAAUGGAGAAAAUAUGGACAGAAGAUGGCGAAAGGGAAUCCAUGCCCUCGAGCUUAUUAUCGUUGUACCAUGGCUGCAGGUUGUCCCGUUAGGAAACAGGUGCAAAGGUGUGCAGAGGACCGAACAAUCUUGGUGACAACGUACGAAGGAAAUCAUAACCACGCCCUGCCUCCAGCAGCAAUGGCGAUGGCACAAACAACAUCAUCAGCGGCAAAGAUGUUGCUUUCAGGAUCAAUGUCGAGCAAUGAUGGUCUGAUGAAUGCGAGCUUCUUGACGAGGACGACAUUGCUUCCUUGUUCUUCAAGUAACAUGGCGACUCUCUCAGCCUCAGCUCCAUUUCCGACUGUAACAUUGGACUUGACUCACCCACCAACAACACAGCCAUCCACCCAAUUUCAAAUGCCUUUCUCAAAUCAUGCCUCUCAUGGUUUCACUCAGGUUUUGGCUCAAGCACUUUGUAACAGCCAGUCAAAUUUCUCAGGGCUUCAAGUGAAUAACAAAGACCCUCUGCAACUAAGUGCUGCUAUAGCAGCUGACCCUAACUUCACGGCAGCGUUAACGGCCGCUAUUACGUCGAUCAUGGGUUCUGCGCUGCCCAGUAACGUUAAUGGUGACAAUAAUAAUGGCAAUGUUACGAGUAGCAAUAACAAUGAUUCCAAAUUUUCAGGCAACUAGGCAGAUGACUAGACUAGCUAGACUAGAUUGAUUUAAUUUCUUUUUCUUGAGUCAAGCUCUAAAACUUGACGAAUUUAUUCUUUUUCUGUUAGUAUUAUUUAUUUUGGUAUUAUCAGCAUAGAUUCAAUUUUUUAGUUAUUUAUAGUGUGACCAGAAAAUGUAACUAAGAUUUGAAUGUAAUUAAGGCUGGCAAAGUGUUGCUUAAUAACUCUGCAUGUAUUUUUCAAUUCAGCACAUGAAACUCGGCGGAAGAUUGGCGGCUUGGUAAUCCGCAGGAUGUUUGUAAGCUUUUCAUGAGGAAAAGGUUAAUAAAAUAAUGGAAACAAGGACAAGGA